UGUUGCGGACGGAAGUGACGUGUGUAGCGUCAUUAGCUUGUGCCCGUGAAGAGUGAAUCGCUCGAGUGUUUCUGCUUUUUUAUCAAUAAAUCUGAAUUAUCUGAUCAUUUACUGUUCGUGUAAAACAUCGAUCUGAUCUUUAACAGGUGGUUGACCGACAGUAUGACAUCACCAGGUAGUCAGGGGGGCGGAGCUCUGUCAACGAGAGGCGGAGCUGCAGGAAAGAGAAUGAAAUGGGCUUUAGAACUGAGCCUGGGCAGCAGCAGGAGUCGUGGGGACAGGCAAAGUAAAGAGGGUGAUGUGAUGUAUCCUGUGGGAUAUUCAGAUAAACCCGUCCCAGACACCAGUGUACAGGAGGCCGAUCGCAACCUGGUGGAGAAGAGAUGCUGGGAUGUGGCUUUGGGACCGCUGAAGCAGAUUCCUAUGAAUCUCUUCAUCAUGUACAUGUCAGGAAACACCAUCUCCAUCUUCCCCAUCAUGAUGGUGUGUAUGAUGGCAUGGAGACCCAUCCAGGCGCUCAUGUCCAUGUCAGCCACGUUUAAGUUGUUGGAGAGCUCCAGUCAGCAGUGGUUACAGGGUUUGGUUUAUCUCAUUGGAAAUCUGCUUGGUUCAGCACUCGCCAUAUACAAGUGUCAAUCAAUGGGGCUCCUCCCAACACAUUCGUCUGAUUGGCUGGCUUUCAUAGAACCGCCCCAGAGAAUGGAGAUUAUGGGCGGAGGAAUGAUCAUGUGAAGAACAAACACACACACACACACACACACACACACACACACACACAGAUUUGCAUUUAACCCCAUUUGCUGAUAAUUAAGUUAUAUUUUGUGAUUUACGUUAACAUAGGUGUUUUAUGUUUUGAAGUUUUUUCUCUGUAAUAUUAUUAAAAAUUAAUAAAGAUUUCUGUUAAGAGAAAACUGUAUGUAUUAAAUGUAUGAAAUGCCCAUUUUUUAAUUUGUACAAGUUUGUAUGAAAUCUUUGUGAUUUUCUAAUAUAAAAACGGUCUAAAUAAAAAACGUACAAAAGGAUGAGAAUAACCCAUCUGAGACAGAAGACUUGUAAUCAAAAUUAUGUUUUUAAGGAUGCACAUUAAAGUUUGUUCAAUACACUGCAAAAAAAAAAUGUUCAAGAAAAACAUUUUAGUAUUUUUCAAAAAUUUUGAACUUUUUUCAUAAACCCUAAAUUCAAGAAAAAUUUGCUUACCCCAUUGGCAGAUUUUUUGCUUGUUUUAUGCACUAAAUCACUUCAAUUUUAUAUUUUUGGUAAAUACUUUUUUCUUCAUUUAGCUCAUCAAGGAAAAGCAUCUUAAUUUAAGAAUUUUUAGAUAUUUUUACUGAAAACAAGACAAAAAUACUAAGAAAUUGUUUUCUUGAAAAUCAUUUUUUGCAGUGAAAAAUCUCUUAUAUGAAAUAAUAUCAGAAAUGUGUGCAUGUCAUUCAAAAUUCAAAAAAUGAAUUUCUUACUUGGUAUUUUUGUCUUAUUUUCUGUACAAAUAUCUAAAAAAUCUUAAAUUAAGAUGUAUUUUUUUGAUGAGCAAAAUAAAUAUUAAGAAAAUAAAUGUAGUUUAUAGACACAAAACAUAAUUUUAAUGGAUGUGUGCGUAUGCCAAUGGGGUAAAAAAAUUCUACAAUUAAGUGUUUAAGGAAAAAAAUCACCUUAUUUCUAGAUUUUUUGCUUAUACCCUUUUGGCAGAUUUUUGCUUGUUUUAAGCAUCAAUUCACUUAAAUUAUAUGUCUUGUGUCUAAAAACUAGACUUAUUUUCUUAGAUUAUUUUGCUCAUCAAGAAAAUACAUAUUGAUUUAAAAGCUUUUAUAUAUUUGUACUGAAAACAAGAUAAGUUGAAAAUGAUAUUCUUGAUUAAAGCUUUACUGUUUACUGUGUCAAUGAAACUGAUGUGCCCAAACAUUGCAUGAACUUAAGAAACAAGUUUAACAACAUUUUUAAAGUUUGUCAAACAACGUCCAAAUAUCUUUGAGAUGUCUCAGUGACUUGACAAAUGUGAUAACCUGUUUGAAGGGUUUAUAGAAGGUCUAUCUGAUGAUGUCUACUAUAAAAACCUGUUAGAUUCUCACUAUCAAAAUCAUACUGAAUACUGAGAUUUUUGUCUGUUGAUACAGCAGUGACGAUGAUGCCCAGGUGUCAAUGAGUCUACACCCAAAAAACACAACACAAUGUACUGUAACACAACCUGACUGACAGCUUUCUCUCUCGUUUGAUGAGUCUUUAUGUCUCAUUGCCCAAGAAAUAAAGAGUUUAGGAAAAGAUUUGACUAAUGAACUUUAAGAGUACAUUUAUGGAAAUAAAAACAUUCAUAUUCCAUGA